UACAACAAAAACAAACUCAACUACACGGACGCUACAUCUGCCUGCGGGUGUCUCGACACACAUCUCUACAUGGCGGACAGCAUCGACAAAUAUAACCUGAUCUCUUACAUUGUGGACUUUUCUGAUAACGUCUGGAUUGGUCUAGAUGACAUGGCUACAGAGGGGAAAUACGUGUGGUCAGGCAGUGGUCAAUCUCUUGAUGCGUUGUUAAAACCCCUCAUCUUUGAUCUCUUCCAGCCAGACAACCGGAACAAUGAAGAUUGUGUUUUUAAACAAGAAUAUUUGGGUCGUCUCAAUGACGCGUGGUGUUCGUUAACCAUGUCCUACCUCUGCGAGAAGACGUAG